AAAUGUUCUAUUUUAAGAACAAAUUACACUACCGUCAGGGACGGGUAAGUAGAAAAAAUAUUAUAUUUAAAGUAUUUCUGGGAAAUUCUGCCGCUAGACGCUGUUUUACGCUGGUGAAGCUGUAUUUAUCAUGAAUUCGAAGAGAUGUUUGAGGAAAAUUAGCCAUAAUGAUGUUGUUCUAGUUAACUUUCCGCCGUCCUUUUGGUCGCAAGUUUUUUUUGUUUCGUCCAAACAGGGAUAUUCUUACCUCAAAUUCAAAGGAGGCAAUGUUGAAAUGGAAUUUAUUCAUCUCUUACGGAGAUAUUUUCUAACGCCAUUUUGUUUGUUUAUCCUUUGCGCGGCGCCGUCGCAAAAAUGCGCGCGCGUCAUGGUUCAAUUUGUACUAACAAAAGCACUUUUGACUAUUUCGAUGGAACCAACCCCAUUAGUGGACAAGGUAUCCCGUUACGGUCUCCUACACCGAUUAUGGCUCCUGGUCCAAUGAUGAAUAUAACUAUAGCAAAAGUUUUUGUUUGUUUCUUCGAUUUUUUUUUCUUUAUAUUUUCAGGUGCUCUUACUUCAUCCAGUAUCCUCGCUAGCCUUGAUAGCAAGUACCGGGCUAAGUUGAAUUCAUAUUUAGACCCAGUCCUUCAGAGUCCAGGUCGCAGCAGGUUUGUGAGGUGUUGGCACGCUAAGACAGCUGGUUGGGCGGCAUCAACAUUCCACAGCAACUGUGAUGGAAAGGGUCCCACUGUAACCAUCGUCCAAGUUGGUAGCUACGUAUUUGGUGGAUACACUGACAAGUCUUGGGGUGGUGAGUAUCUGAUUUCAUAACAGAAUUAAUCGCAAAUUAUACAGUAGGGUGCACACUUAACAAUUUUCCCUGCUAGCUUUGUGACUGGCACUGCUACUUUUGUCACGGACAGUGAUACUAAAUAACGUUUCAUGUAAUGUGACAUUCAUUUGACUUCUUGUUUAUUAGUCUUGGUCCAAUCCCAGUGGUUAUCAGUUAUCUGUGUCGCACACAGUUCGUAUUAUAGGGAAUGUACAGUUUAUUGCAUAUGGUGUAGAGCUCUACACUACAGAGUAUCUUUGAUGGAAAUGGUGCCACUGUAACUAUUGUUUUUGAAACAUCGCUAGUUAAAACUCUUCAAAAAAAAAAAAAAAACGCAUCCACACAUAGUGUAUACAAAUCAUUCUCGCCCGUCCACACGGAAACGCUAAGACGAUGGUAGGAUAGAAUCCCUUACAGGGCAUGCGCUGUAUGACGUAUGACAUCAUUGUUUGAAAAGAAACCUCGGUUUUCUCCCGUCCACACGAAAACGAUACGCCGGCGUUUUUUAACAAAAAUUCCACUCGGGACUGUUGUCGAAAACCUGCGUUUUUGGUGCCCGAAAAUGCUGUUUCAGUGUGCUUGUGGACGAAAGGCUAAAACGGAGAAAAAAUCAGUUUGUUUUGAAAAACAUCCGGGUAGAACUGGACAGGACCUAAGAGCAAGUCAGUAAAUUUUAAGUGUGGUUACACAUAACAACAUGGUAAAUGUUUAGCGUGGUAUAACUAAAGGUUAAAUUUCCACUACAUGUUGUUUGUAGGUUCGGAUAAUUUAGCAAAGAAUGGCUUUCUUGCUUUGGGUAGCAAAAACCCUUGCUAAGAUAAUAACACGUUAAAAUGUUACGGUCACUUUCUUUGUUCUUUUUGACGUAUCCAUGGAUAAUCCCCAUCUAGUAUUUAUUUUGGCAAAGACCGAUAACUUGCACUGCACCAAUUUGCCGUGGUAAAAGGUUUAUUCAUUUAUAAUACUUGUUAAAUUAAAAUUAGUUCAACUGUUUAGAAUUGUACAGGACACAACAUUUAAAUAAAAAAGGACACAAAAUAUAUACACGGAACGGCGAAUAAUAAAGUGACCAGAAAAGAAAAGAAUUGAACAAUUGUUCAAUUUUUUUAACCCUUUGGCGAAGGCCAGUUAUGAGGGAAAAACCACAUUUUGACCAAAUCUUUUUUGAACAGUUUUUCGGCCAGUUAGCAGUGAGUUAGCAUAGAAAUGGAUACGAAAGAGAUUUCCAACACCAAUACUGAAGAACCAUGAUUUUCUGCUAAUUGGAUGAAAUUUUAAACAGCUUUUUUGUUUUUGGCGCAUAGCGGAUCUACUUCGAUCUUUUUUCUCGCUCUCUUCUCUUUCCCUUUGCCUUUCUUUCUUUUUAUAGCCAGUUUUGUUGCCCACCUUAUCGUCUUUUCUUUCACAUGCAAUUUUGACUGCCUUUCUUUCCAAGAAAGGGACAAAUUUAGUCUGCAACGAGUAGCAGGUAAAUAGCAAAAUUGGCAGUGAAAUUUUUCGCCAAAUAUUGCUUGUUUUUUGUCUGUAACUCUGUUAGGAUUGGUCAAAAUUUUCUAAGUGAGGCACCAGUGGAAAGAUCUAUCCUCGCUUAUUUUGCUAAUUACCUUCUUAGUAGCUUAAAUGGAAGGAUAAUACGCAUCGGUAGUUAUGGACCAAAAACGACCAAACCGGAUUUCAAAGAGUUAAGCAGUUUUAUGUGACACUGACUUCGUAUCAAUAAAUGAAUUAACAUUACUGUUGUCAAAACAAGUGAGUAUAGAAAAAAGAAAACUUGCAAUAACAUAAAUUAUUUCCCGUAUCUUGAAUUGGCAACUAGCCUAGUUGGACGCUAGUUUGGCUUCAGUUGGUCUUAUUUUCAUAUUGGUAAAAACCAAACUCGAACAAAGAAUCUAUUUGUAGUUUGUGUUCCUGCAAAAUGAAAACAGAUAUUGAAUUUUUUUCCAUAGAGAGAGGAGGAACGGAUGUUUUCGCAGGCUAUACAUAUUGUAGCUUUCACAUUUUAGCUUUCACCUUCUUGGUCAGCACCCGUUAACAUCCGUCGAAACAUCUGAUGAUCUGACGGUUUGUUUCGAGGUCUUGUCUUGCUUUUUCGAUCAUCCCUCGAUUGAUUCAACCCAAAAGAUGCCACUGCAUCCGUUUGGAAAUGAUGUUUUAAUGUUUCGCCUCGAUCAAGCCUCUCAGCGCAAGAGUAACAUCUCGGAUGGAAUGGUAUUCAAGAAGAAUUACACAAACAAGCAAAUAAAACUCAAAUGAACAGCUGCCCCAUCUAACAACGUUUUCAAAAUAUUGGUGGGAAUAAUAGAAAAUUAUCCAUGCGGUAAUGUCUGUCUCUGUCGAAUAAUAAUGAAUGCUUGCAACAACAUCAUCAUCAACAACAACAACAACAACAACAACUUUAUUUCAGCACCCUACAUAGAUUUACAUGAUACAAAAAAAUAGAUAUAAAUAUGGAGAGAGUAUAGGGUGCCCAUAAUAACCAUUGAGGGCUAAGAGGAUAGGUCAGCCUUACUAAGGUUAUUAAUAAAUGAUUAUAUUAAAGGGUCGGGUAACACACACCAAAAAAAGCUACACAAAAGAUUCACAAAAGAAAAAAAAACUAGUGGAAAAAGAAAGACAGCAAAAGAAAGCUAAGUAUGCCAGUAUUAAAUAAGGGAAAGACAAAGCUCGUACUAAGCUGUCUGGUAAUUUCCCGAGGGUAAGGGUGGGUCGGUAGUUAACAUAUUUUUAUACGGGGAGGCUACGUCCGAGGUCCAACCCUUACCCUUUUAUAUACCAUUUUUCACGAAAAAGGUACCCCUUUCGUACAACUUCUGUUGAAAAAUGUUACCCCUUUUACAAUUGCAUCGAAUGCAUUGUCAUUUAAAUAGGAAUCAAUCACAAAAAUAGAACGUUUCCCCGACUUUAUAACGUCAUAAAAUUCAUCUGUUCGACCCUUUGGGCCAUUUCACCGACCCAAAUGACAGAUUUUCCUACCCUUUCAUAUAUCUCAACUGGUAAAAUUACUACCGUUUCAUAUACCUGAAGCCUGAAAAAAGUACCUUAAAGGGAGCACCACCCCCCUCCCCCGAGGGAUAAUUUAUAUACCACCACCCCUCCCCCCGGGGAAUAAUUUUUAUUCUGCUUCAUCUACUGAAGAAACCCAGAAGCUAAUCGACGAUUUGAGACUCGAAAUACCGUAAAAUUUUCCUGCUACAAGGCAAGCAAAGUCUUUGGAGGCACAGGUGAGAAGUAGCUAUAUUAUUAUAUACAAAGUGGGCCGUUUACCCAAUCUUACCUUAGUUGCUAAGGAAGCAAAACUUAAUAAUAACCUGUACCGAUCAAAGUCUCGGUACUCCCACCCCUUUCAUAUGGAAGCCUCACCCCAGGGAUAAAGCACUAGAAAUCUAGAAGCCUUAGAAAACUCAGGGGAAAGGGGGGGAGGGUGGGGGCACAUCGUACACCAAGCCAAGCGCAUAGCCCUACUAAUGUCAUUUGCUUUGUUUGUUGGCACAAGUAAACCUCUGUGAGAUCUUAACAGUGUCCAUAGAAUCAGUAAUCGACAGUUGGGUACGCGUAAGUAGGCAGUUGUUCAAACAAAGGCUAAAACGAUCCUGCUUCAUGGUGCUUCUUGAGUCAUCGGGGGGUGAAAAAAGGAACGCCCUGGAUGCUACAACUGGUGUUCAAUAAAAUCUUAACAUUUCCACUUGACCAAUUUUGGGUUGAGAAACAUGGCUGCGGUGGUGGUAGGGAAGGGGGGUGUGGGCAAAGCCACCCUGCUAUCUACAUUAACGGCAAUUCUCUUUCAGGAAAACAACUAUUACUGUGGCUGAGUUUCUCUGCAUGGUAAGCAUAUUUUGCAUAGUAUUGCCAAAAUUCGCCAUAGCAGUGACUAUAAUAUUGUAAUUGAUCAAUAAUAAUGUAAUAGUAAAGAUUGUAAUAUGAUAAUUUGCAUUGUUUGACAAAGUAAUAUUUUUAAACUUUCAGUAUUCCGAGCAUCACUCAUGUUGUUAAACUACUAUUGUAAAUAGUAGCAUUAACAUUAGUACAUGACAUUUAGUUUGCCGCAGAGAACUUGAGCAGGAGAAAAAAAUCCCAAUUUCCAUCAGGUACUGUACAGAACCUCUGUUAACAGACACUAAUCUGGAUUCACAACAAUUUCUAUGUUAAAAAUCUGCAUUUACAAACUAUUGUAAGUAAAGACAUCUUUUGUUGGUAACAAACAUCCAUACAGAGGUACAUGAUAGAUAAUAGCUAGCAAAUACUCCUCUCUCCAGCCACAUGGGACACUUCGGCUGAACAGAUGCCUUUCACAAGCAGUAUAAUUCCAGAGUAAUUUGGUCAACACUUUGAUACUGAAUAAGAGAACAAAAAUUAACGCAUAGAGGGAAAAAGGAGGAUUGAGAGUGCACCAAAAAAAAUCAAUCCACCAGUCAAAUCACACAGUCAAUAAUGCACAUAGAAAACGGAAGGGACGGUUAUUGAUGAUCAAACAAGGACAAACAAUCUUUCUGUUGAAUAAUUACUUUUCCAGGAGGGAAAAUUUUUUUAUUAAAUAAAUAGCAACAUUGAUCCUUCUCCUCAAAUGUGAAAUGUAAGUGUGGCGAUUUUUACACCGAGUCUAGACUGUACAUGUAUUCAAUAAGAAACGUGAUAAUGUAUAUUGUCACCUAGCCUGGUGAUCUGGGGCCAUUCAAUCGAUGUUAUUCAGUAACAUCCACGUGAAAGGUCCUUUACCCCCGCGGAGUAAGAAGAGGCUUGAAACUUCAAAACAUCCUUUAAACGGAGACAGUCACAUCUUCUUGUUUGAAUCAAUCGAGGGAUGAUCGAAAAAGCAAGACAAGACCUCGAAACAAACAUCAGAUCAUCAGACAAAUCAGAGUAUACGAUCGAAGCAGAAGCAUACAUGAGUCACAGGUAAAUAUAUCCCUCGAGGCGAGCCUUACGUCAUACGUUUACGAAAUCCGACCGAAGAUUAAAGGGCCUUUCGACGGAUGUUAACGAGUGCUGACCGUUUAUAAAGAGAAGGAACAAAAUUGGCCCCAGAACAGUGCCCUGGGGGACACCGGAUAGUACAGGUGCCCACUUGGACGAAGCACCAUUUACCACCACACGUUGCCUCCUACCAGUGAGAAAUGCCCGCAGCCAGUUGUUUAGUUGCCCAGAUAUACGGUAAAAUUUUGCCUUAAGGAGGAGCAUUUCGUGAGGCACAGUGUCAAAGGUCUUCCCAAAAUCGAGGAAGAUCACAUCGACCUGCCCAUUGAUGUUAAGAACGCUUGCCCUCUAACGAAGAUAUAAUAUGCAUGGGUCCACCAAAGAGGACGUCAAAAGAGUUAAGGAGUUUUUAUGUGACACUGACUUCUUAUCAAUAACUAAAACUUACAUUACUAGUGUCAAGACAAGUGCGUAGAAAAAAGAAAACUCGCAACAACUUAAUUUCAAUAUUUCCCGUAUCUUGAAUUGGCAACUAGCCCCGUAGGAGGUUCAUUUGACUUUAGUAAGUCUGAUUUUUCGUGUUGGUGGUAAAAAACAAACUCGAACUAAGAAUAUAUUUGUAGCUUGUGUUACUGCAAAAUGAAGACUGGUCUUGUAUUGUUUCUCGUUUUGCAUAUUAUAGCUUUCAUAUUUUAGCUGGGCAUUGUGAUUAUUUUUCUCUGGUCUUUAGUCGUUGAAGCCUUUGACCAAUAUUUUUAUGAACGUAUCUCGUAAUCUAAAUUUUACAUGUGUUUUCCAUAGGUUCUCGUCGCUAUGUCUCAUCCAGCAAAUCGUUCCUUUUCUCAUUAUAUAACAUCAAUGGCUACGCUCCUGUUAAGGUGAACAUCAAGUCAAGUCAUUACAGUUCCGCUAUUUACACAUGGUCCGGUUACGGACCAACCUUUGGUGCAGGACACGACCUGCACAUAUCCGGCAACGCUGGAAACAACAGCUAUCCCUACACCAGCUGUGGCUGGUCCUACCCCCUCCCCCCUGGGUACUCUUCAUAUCACUCUUCUUGUCAAUUUUAUGCAGGAUCCUACCAUUUCACUCCCACUGAUGUUGAAGUGUUUUACGAGAUAACAACUUAGUGUGUUUAUGCAAACUUGUUUGUUGAUUUAGCCAACUUUCAAGGACCUUGUUUUGCAAGGCUAGAAAUGAAAGUGAUUAUCUUGAAGCUCUUUACAAUACAAUACAAGAUGCCUCAGACUUUGCUUCAAUAACUCAUUGAAACUAAAUAAAUGGCCUCUACCACGUGUGAGGCUGUAUAUAUAGCCUUACGUUAAUUAUAAACUAGAAUAUGAUAUGGCCAACUAAUAACUAUAAUCCUACGCGUCAAAUUAAGAGCCAAUGUCUGCAAUUUUCGAGAAUCGGCUGACAGUCGUGAAUUUUUUAAUUUCUUCAUAUUUUGCCCAAAUAAUCUCUAUAGUACACUAAUUUCAAAAAUCACCUUAAAACUUGUAACAGCUUUUUAUUUUUUCAUGAAUCAGGCAAAGUUUGAAAAACUCUAAAUCGGCGCUCUUUCGAGUAUGAAAUUAGCGAAAAUUGAGCAUUUUCUUUGCGCUUGUACAUAAAAACGGAAUAAUAUCUCUCGAUGAAAUCAAGUCACAAAACAGACACACAUUUUUACUUUAUAAUUCAGCAAUUAACUUUAAAUAAACCGUUUAAAUGAGACUGUACCGGCUGCAAGAAGAAACACGGUUUCAGCACUUUUCAAACAUGGCAAAUUUGACCAAACUUCACCAUCGUAAAAAGCCAGUUGGUACAUGGAAUUUCAAUAUGAAACAACAACUGUAUUAAAGCAUAUCCUUUGCUGUUGCUUGUGUUAAAAUAUUUCUGGCGGCAUUCCAAAUGCGCACCGUCGAGAGACCAAAACCUGAAGGGUAUUAUUUUGACACCAGGAAAGGGUCAGGAAGGCGCGUGCAACAAGCAAGUUUUGACGCUUGGAAUAUUAAUCCUUUCAAACAUAAGUUACUUCGACAUUUAAACCCUAGUCAGAGUUGUAACGGUUUCAGAUUAUAUUUCGGCGUUUCUGUUCGGUUUAACAUGAUUCCUUUCAACUGAUUUUUGCGAUAACCGUAAUGAAGAGACACGAAUACGCAGUUCAAAUCGGGCGUCUGGAAAAGCGGGAAUCUGGAAUCCGGAAUAGGAACGGGAAUAGGAACCGGAACAGGAACCGGAACCGGAAUAGGAAGCGAAAUGGGAAGAGAAACCUAUAUAAAAGCAGGGACAACAUUUACCUUAAUUUAAGUUUAUCUGGAUUUAAUUCCUAUUCAGAUUAUAUACGAAAAAUAAGCGGAAAAUGAAAUAGGAACCGGAAUAGGAACCGGAAUAGGAAGGGGAAUAUAAACAGUGUAUAGAGAUAUGAAAAGAAAAAGAUAUAAUCGUGAUAUAAAUAAAAUGCCAGAGAAAUAAUUAAAGAAACAAGAAAACACCCUUGAAAUGUUAAUCUAAUUAACCUUUCUUUAUCUUUAGCCUAUGACACAUUGUGUUUUCGUGUCAAACAUAAUAGCGAACUUAAGCAACGAGAACGCUGACCGUCACUUGAUGGAACGCUUCUGUCUCACACAACGAAUCUGAAUUCUUCCUCUUACCUUCCACUGUGCGAAUUUGUUGAGUCAGAGCACCUAAAGACAGAAAACAUCCACUUCCAGUUCCCAUUUUUAAUGUCCUGGACGUCGCGGUUGAGGUAGACGAAGUACUGGCUGGGAUGGGUUUAGGGGGGGGGAGGAGGUAAGUGUUAAUACCCUUUUUAAGCUGUGGACUAUCUAUCUCUGGUUAACUUCCCAAUUUAGCACCGUACAAUAUAUCUAUGGAGCAAACCUGAGGUGUAUGGCAGCCCAAUAAACGUCUCCGAUGGGUGUCUCGUAUACACAUGCUCUGACAAAUAAUAUUAACAUGUGAUAACCACCUUCCUGUGAGAGACAAAAGAAACCUUAAGAUCUGACGACAGCAACGCCAGCGAAAACGCUACUGAGAAAUUGAAUUCGGGUCUUAAUUCAAACUGUUUCUCAUUAAUUCCAAAUUGCCCAGUCUUUUAAAGGUUGGGAAAUGAAGCUGGAGACCGCGUCCAAGCUCAGAAAGACACAAUAAAAUUUAUUGCCUGCCGUUCACAUUCUCAAGAGAACUUAAGAUUUGAUCAUUUACAUCGUAGUUGUGCAUACGCAGUGAAGAAAUUGACAGAAAGCGCGAUGCACUAGCAAAGCUGUUGCUUUACUUAUUUAACUUGCGGCUUUUUCUACCUUCUCGCUACCGUGUUAUAAAGAGAUUCGGGGGGGGAGCAUGAUACCAGAGUAGUGUUCUUAUUUUUUGUAUAAAUUGAAUUCGAAUUAAAAUAAUUUAAAGUAAAUGAUAUCCCUGUUCUUGUAUCGGUUCCCCUUAACAUUGCUGUUCCUGUUCCGUUGCUGUUUCCGGUUCCGGUUCCGGUUCCUGUUCCCAUUCCCGUUCCUAUUCCUGAUUCCGGUUUCCGGCUUUUCCAGACGCCCGUUCAAAUCACAGUUCGUAGAGGGGAAUAUUGUCGAAAUACUCGCUUGCUAUAGUUUUAAUCGUAUUGAAACCUUAAAAUCAGAAAAGUUAUUUACUUACCUUAACUUAAAUGCUAGACGGGGUCACAGUACCGCUAACUAAAUUCUGCAUCAAGGCAGAAUCAAAGUUAAGUUUGUGUAUGUUUUCAAUCUGUCAACACGAGGGAAGAUGACAUUCCGGAAGUGCGUGACGCGUAACGCGCCGGCAAAGAAAUUCCUGGUAUAAGUGUCUUACGGUGCAAGUCUUUGAUGCCUGUUCGUAUAGCAUCUCGCACAUAUUCUAACUUGGUUUAUGGCGCCUGUGGCCCCAGUAAUGCUGAAUGUAUUGCGAUCAUAGAAAAGAUGGCGCGAUCGUGAGUCACUUGGUAUGUUCCUGACUUGUUAGUCACGUGAGCAUGUAGGGCAAUAACCAAACAUCGACCCUACCAUGCUAAUGAUAAAAGUAAAGUUUUCUGCAUUUAGGUUAGGUGACCUUUGUUUGAUCCACAAAAUUGGCGCAUGAAAAUAAGAGUUUUUCCUCACCACCGCUAAAUGUUUGGUUCCCGGUGGCGGUGCAACAAAUCACGUGGUACCGUUCCAGAUCAGGCUACUGGCUGCUCAUAGAGGGGUCCUUAAAGGCACAUUGAUUGAUGACUCUGUAUGGCCUGAAGAAAAUGAUUUACGGAGACGUUUUCUGAGCAACGAAGGUGCAGCUUUUACACUCCUUUUUCGUUUCGAAAAUGGACGAGCACGCGAGCGAAGCGAGCGCGCGAGAGAUAUCCCCUUGCGCUAAUGGUCAAUAAAUCCCCUGCGGUUUUUGUUUUCAUACGCGAAAUUGACGAUCUCCAAAGAGAAAAUAGAUCGACGAUGUCUAAAGAAAAAGUAGAGGGACUGUGAAUAGGCUACGAAGGUGCUUGCUAUUAUUUUAGUGAACUUUACAACAGGUCUCAGGUGACUAUGCUAACGUUAUGAAAAGUCUACUUAGCUUGUUUAAGUUUAGCUCUGGCAGGAGGAGGAGAUGGGUGGGUUGGUUGGCAUUGGGUUCUCCAUUAAGAUCAACCCUAUACAUACAAAAAUUCAUGUCUUUAUCACUGCAUUUAGACCUAGCAGACUGUUUGAUCCACAAAAUUGGCCAUGAAAAUAAAAGUUUUUCCUCACCACCGCUAAAUGUUUGGUUCCGGGUGGCGGAGCACAAAUCACGUUGUACCGUUCCAGAACAGCCUGCUGUCUGCUUAUUUAAAAGGGGUCCGUAAGGGCACAUUAAUUGAUGACUCUGCGCGGCCUGAAGAAAAUGAUAUACGCAGACGUUUUCUGAGCGACGAAGGUGCAGCCUUCACACUUCUUUUUCUUUUCGAAAAUGGCCACGGACUUCUCUCCUCGCUCCUCGCUGCUAGGCGGUCGUUUUUGCCUGAGGGAUACCACCACGAAGGAGUUUUAGGAGGUGGACAUUGGGGGGUACCCAAUACUGCAAUACCGUAAGAAAAAAUGGCAAAUACCGAAAUACCGCGUCGAAAAUCGUCUAAAUACCGAUACUGCAUAUUUUAAUCACAUUCAUAAUCGGUUCCGCAUACUAAAAGGGUGCUUCCAUCUAGCGCGUUUAAUUGUCUCAGGCAUUUAUGCACCAGAUGUCCAUGCUUUUUUAAUAUUUUGGUAGUUGGCAAAUUUUUGGCAAAUUUUCACUGAAAAGAACCUUUUGGUAGGUCGACCCAACAGCUAACUAACUCCAAUGAAAAUAACUCUUGAAAGCGCGAAAAAAACAAACAAACAAACAAACUAACUAACCAAAACCCUUUCCACGCACGUUCAGUGCGAGUUUGGAUGAAUCUAUAGUCUAGUACGUUAGUAUCUCAGGGGUCAACUAUCUCGACUGUCUCACACGCCGCGCCGGUAAGAGGCAAACUUACCAGAUUUUCUUUUUUAACUUUAUAAGGCGUUUUUCAAUUCUCGAAACCCGACAUCUAAACUUACUCUUGUUGCGAUAAUGCUCGCCUCCUUCGCCCUCUUCAUAAAAAAUUGCCACACAGUCAAUGAUGACCACACCGUCUUCGCCGUCUCAGCGACCUCAGCCAUUGUGAAAAAACGUGUAAGACCUCGAACCUACACAGCCGUUUUUAGUGUCGUCACGUAACGCUCCUCCCCAGGAGGAGCGUUGCGUGACGACACUAAAAAGGGCUGUGUAGCAGACCGGCACACGUAGCCUGGUAAGGUAACUUGAGGCGACUCAUUGUCACUGGAUGCAACAACAAUCACAUUGUAUAUUAUCGACCAUUAACUGUCACAAAAUGACCCACAAUGGUUUAAUCAUUUACCGUUAUGUCUCAAGACUUCUCAAUAUUAACUUUUAUUGACCUUUAUGUCCUACUGUGUUUAGUUUUGCGUAUUGUAUCGAAAGGAAAGCGCAAAUAAACGGUACCGUAAUACCGUGAACAAUCUUAUUUCACCGAACACCGUCAGCCAAAAUGAUGAUAAACCGCAUACCGCAGAGCUAGAUGAUACCGCAAUGCCGCACGUUAAAAUUAAAAUUACCGAAAUACCGCAUGAAAAAAAGCCCAAUACCGCAAUACCACAGGUCACUGCAGGUGCAGACUUAGUGAAAAGGGCAUUCUCCAUCUGAAAUUUAAAUCGACAUGAAAGGCUAUUGUCAGCCUUUUAUCUCUUUUCCGCGCAACGUAUUUGGUUAAAAGAUGAUAAGUAAAAUGGCUGAGGCAUUUUAACGUAUUUUUUCAUUUAGGCGUCGGAUUUUGACGUUAUGAAAAAAAACUUGUCAGUGAAUUGGUUUAUUUUCUAGCCUGCGAAAGAGUGCCGGGGGGUAGUGGCGGAGAGAGCCAGGUGACUAUUCCUUUAUUCAGGCGAGAGUUAGCAUGUACGUGCAUUCUGGUCUAACGCCAUAAUGUGUAGACUGGCCUUUAAUGGGCGGGGAUCAGAUCGUCAGCAGCAGGUUGAGGUCUAGCCAGAAGAUACCCUUGCUGCAGAGGAGCAAAGCAAUACUACUUUCAGUAAUUUAAACAUGUUAAAUACUUUUAUUUCGCUCAUCUCAUUGUCCAUUGUCGAUUUGUGGUUUUUCAGGAAUGCUCUUUUGCGGAGCAUUGGCCAAUUUUUCUUUAAACAGUUUUACUCGUUUCCAUUUCCCUGCUCUACCUUCAUGUUGCAUAUGGCGUAAGUGUGUACCUAAAGCCCUCAAUUCAUACUGAGGAGAUCGACAGAGAAGUCUAUACCCCAAGCGGGGUUAAGAUUAGUUUAUUACAAUCAAAGGCUCAGAAGGCUAAGUGCAAAUAAAAGAAAACUAGUGUGUAAAGUUUUGAAGACUCUGCUUACUCUAUUUGUUUUCUUUCUCCGUUUGAGUUUCGGCUUGUACAUCCUAAAAUCAAGUUUUAAUUUAGUUCGACAUGUUUUGGGGAAUAUUAUAAAAAUAAUAAAAAAAAACAGUGUUAAUUGUCAUUUUAUUUUUCUUGUACACUCGUGCGAUGAUUUAUCCUUGUCUGUACAGUUGCGUGACAAGACUCAAAUCACACACGGGCUUUCAUCACGCAACACAGGGUUUAGUCCGCGGCUAAAGGACGGAAAAUUUCAGUAAACUGCGGCCACUUGCAGUUGAAACGACUGUGGUAAGUAAAUUCUUAUAGAUCUCGUAUCUCAUUUAGAGCUAGCAAGCCGUUUCUAGCGGCUUUAUUUUUGGUGCAGAAACUCGAGGUCAAUAUUUACACUCAACACGAAAUUAGCAGCGUUGUCUUUUUCAGCUACUUGCGUGCAAUCAAAUGCAGUGUUAAUCUACUUAGUUCUUUUUUAUAACCAUCGAAUUGAAAAGUGUUUUUCAAAAGAUAUUAAGAGCUUCCCGUAAUGUGCCCCUCAUAAAAGAAGCUAAGUAUGCAAAGACGUUUGUGUGCCCACACUCGCGGCUAGUUUGUUGCAGCGUUCCAACGUGCGAAACUACCCUGCACGUUUCGGUGUCUCAGCGACGCACUUUUGUAAUGCCGCCAAAAAUUUUUUAACACAGGAAACGGUAAAGGAUGUGCUUUAUAAUAGUGUUUAUUUCAUGUUGAAACUCUGUGUACCAAUUAGGUUUUUUCGAUGGUGAAGUUAGGUCAAAUUUGCCAUUUUUGAAGAGAGCCGAAAUCGUGUUUCUUCUUGCGACCGAAACAGUCACAUUUAAAUAGCUUAUCUGAAGAUAAUUGCUGAAUUAUAAAGUACAAGUUUGUGUUUGCUUUGUGACUUGAUUUCAUUGAGAGAUAUCAUCCCCUUUUUAUGUACCAGCGCGAAGAAAAUGCCUGAUUUUCGCUAAUUUCAUACUCGAAAGACCGCCGAUUUAGCGUUUUUUAAACUUUGCCCGAUUCAGGAAAAAAUAAAAAGCCGUUACAAGUUUUAAUGUGAUUUUUGAAAUAAGUGUACUAUAGAGAUUAUUUGGGCAAAAUAUGAAGAAAUUCAAAAAUUCACGACUGUCAAUCGAUUUUCGAAAAAUACAGACAUUGGGCGCUUUCCAUUUAGUCAAAAUUUCCGGAAUUUCCGGUUCGGCGGUAAAUGGAACACGUUUCGUCGGUUCGUCCCACUGGAAAAUUCCCAGAAAAAGUGGAAAAUCUAAAAAGGUGGUCCCGUUUUCCCGGUUGGAAUUUCCGAACGGAAUGUCGUGUUCCAUUGACGUUUCUUGUAGUUUGUACCAGUUCCAGGUCCACGGUCGGGCACCCGGCCACGUACCGGGGUUUACGACCAAAUGGAACAACUUUUUACCAAUCGGAAAUUCCAGUUUUGCUACCACCGAAAUUUCCGGGUUUUUUUCGUAAAUGGAAAGCGCCCAUUGGCUCUUAAGCAUUUUAAGCAAAGCUCAAAAUCAAUCUAUUAUUCAGCUGUUCUUGAAUGUUUCCACUUACAAUUUUAAGCCAUUUAAUUUGACAAUUGUUAGCUAUUGUCCUAUCUCCACCUGGCCUCCCACACAGACGCUUUUAAGGGAGUCGUGGGAAGGGAGAGAAUACGACUCCCCUUAAAACGCCUGCUCCGAGGGAAACUAAACUUUACGACGUUGAAAAUAAAUCCUCCCGAUUCGCACUUAAGCCAGCCUUAUCUAGUGUUGUGAAGUAUUUUGAAAGGUAUUUUUAAGACCGAUCUAUCUUAUCUUUUAAGUCUUGUUUUGUCCACGUACUGUUUUCCUGUUUUGAUCUUUUGUUUUUACUUGUACUUGAAUUUAUGCUUAGCUUGCGAUAUUAGGAAUGUUAUUCGCUUGGCAUUGUCAGAUGUUAGUUUUUUUUACAGGUUGUCGUGUUUGUGGUGUUAGGGCUGACCUUGGUUCUUUGGUACUUGUCUUGCGACUGUGCGAAGGCUUAUCUAUUCCCUAACAAGGGCAAACCUGCUGCAAUGUUAGCGAUAAGAUACAUGUAUACAAUAGAAACUCUUCCGGUCAGCUAACCCAAACAUGUCCAGCUUUGGCUAUAAAACCACUACUAUACUUGAGCUAGUAAGUAGAAGCAAGUAGAGAAGAGUAGAAAAGUAGAAAAGAGUUACAAGAGUAGGAAGAUUAAGAUUGUUAGCAGAAGUCAAAGAAGAAUAAAGGCCAAGAUGUAAGUCAGAUUCCUGGUACCUCAUCUUGUAGCGAGCGAGUUGCUCGAACACACUCCCUCACUAGUUUGAAAAUCAGUUUGAAAUUGACGUUAGAAAAAGAUUUCUUUACGUGUCAGAGGUAAUUUUGUUCUAAAACCUUCGACCUUUUUGACGGAAAAAUGGAGCUUCCACAUUUAAUGUUAUAGCGCGGAAAACGCAGUAAUAACAUGUGUAAUAUUGUUUUUGAGUGGGGUAUGUGUCACGGCUAAAUACAUGGAUGUCAUAUUGGAGCUGCAGAUGAAAAAAAUCAAAAAAAAAAAAGAUAAUAAUAAGAGAUAUAUUUUUCCUAGUAUCGUCAUAAAAAAGUCAUAAAUUCGUAAGAAAAGAAUUGAUUAGUUAGAGAAGUUACCACUUACCAUUUAUACUGAAGCCUUAUGGUAAGAAGCUAUUUAAUCUGAUUUUAUAUUUUGUCUAAUGAAUAAACAUAAUUUAGCUGGUUUGCUUUGUGACUGUUUCUCUAUCAUUCGCCGCUCAGCCAGUUUGGUGACAGGUAUGGUUUAGGUUUCUGUCACUAGCUUGGCCUCCCAAUUAACAAUCUCGGGGCUGGAGGCAAUUUCAUUGAGAUCGUUCUCCAUUCCUUUUCAAGACAUCGAACCGGAAAAACUGUAGCCUGCUAAUACAGCCUUUCCUCCUAGCUCCUCUCCGCCAGGGACGUUUUGCCAGGGGGACGUUUCUCCCGGCGAAACGUCCUUAGUGGCGAGGAGCAAGGAGAAACGGCUGUAUUCGCAGGGUAGAAAAACUGUUAACCCUGAUGUCAUUUCCACUCAAAACCUACCUUAAGAACAGACAAGACGCGUACAUACUAGUACAUACUAGGCAUGUAUUGGGCUGUAGUAGUGGUCUAAUAUUUUUUAUGCUGACCAUGAGUCUUUAGCUACUCCUUUACCGAGAAACAGUAGUCCGAAAAAUAAAGAGACAAAGAAUGAGACAAACAUGGUUUAAAACUUAAAACCACUUUUGUCCAAUUUCAUUAAAUGGUUAAAAUCAUUGUCAAAAACGGGGACGUUGGAACAUUUUCCAAGAGAAGUAGGUAGACGGACCUGUGGGGAAUUAAGAUGAAAAUCAUAAUACAUGAAACUAUUCGCUUAACAAAAAAAUGCUCUUGUUCGAUUCUAGGAACAGUGCAAUGCAUAAACUUCAAACGGUGGAGAAUGUUUGGACACUUUAGAAUGAAUUCGUAACUGUUGAAGAAUAUAGGUUUAUUGCCUUAAAUAAUUAUUCAGAUGUUACUUCGCGCUAAUUUUGGGUUAGUUUGUUGGUACAGUGCUUUUUGAGAUAAAUAACAGAAGCCCAAAAUUGGCUAAGCAUUAAGGUCCAUUAAAAAGCUUUCCCAGAAGAGUGUUCGGUUGAUGGGUUUCCUAGGCUUCGUAGCGCUGCUAUGGAAUAUUCGCCACACAAUUAAAUCUACUUUCUUAGGUGUGUUGGUGAAUUUACCACCAGUUUAUGAGGGACUCUCCCUAAAACCGGCCCACUGCGUUUCGGGUCGGAAAAUCAAUUUUCUUUAAACUUUGCCCAUGAAUAUAUCUUUGUCCGAAAGUAAUUGAAACCGCAUUUAUUUAGUGUUUGGAAAUAUUUCAGAAUAAAAUUUUUCGGGAGGAAAAUCAUUUCAGCGCCCGGCGGCCAAGUUUUUGCAGUGACAAAGAAUAAAAAUAACGCAUAUUGUCGAGUUUACCACUUUCAACGAAUUUUUCACUUCCGAGGAUUAAAUUGGUCCUUAAAUGAUUUAAAAAACAAUUUUGGUCCUUCAAAAGGAACUGAUAUCCACUAAAUAUUUUUUGAUUUACACUCACUUUACCUUAGGCGGGAAGGGCUCAAAAAUUUCAUCCUAGCACUGUGCAAAAUUCCCACAUCUUCCAAUCAAAAUAUCUUUUCAGAACAACAAAGGGAAUGUCCAGAAACAUAGAAACAUAAAAAUAUAUUGUGAUUUAAGCGAUUUAUCUAUUUUCUAUUAAGCCUGUUUACAAUACACGAUAGAAGGUCUCAAUGCAAAACCGCAAUAACACCAUAAUUCAUUAAUGUACAUCAAGUAUUUUCAACUUUUUGUGACUUCUAACGCAAUAAAACAUCAUUUAAGAAAAAAAAACUCUUUAAGCCAAACACAUUAAUACUACAGGUGUACCUGUUUACAGCGGUAAAUCCGCCGACCGAGUCGUCUUCGCUGUGUACAAAAAACUGAUAUCGCAUGAUGGCGCUUGUCAAGCAUUCCUUUAUCUGGAAUCGUUACGCCGCGAAAACAUUUUUUACUAGUCUGACUAAACUUGAAAGGCAGGAAAUUAUCUUACCAAUAGAGUAUUCUAUUAUAUUUGUUACCGUUUUCGUUGACAAGCUACAAAAUCAAGAAUCAUGCAUGCAUAAGCGCCUAGUGCAUUAACAAUGGCAACUUUUUAGUUUUCCAGGACUAGGCUCCUGUCCAUUCAGUUUAGCAUCUAUAAAACAGUUGGUUGUCGCUAUGAGCUGUCACUUUGUCUUGUUUUAUGUUUGUCGUUUAUGUUUGCAUUUAUUAUUAUUUUUUAAAAAUAUUUCAUAUUUCUGGUAGCCCGUGGUAUUAAACCGAUGAGUACCUGUUUUCAGGUCUCAUAACGCUCCCUUACGUUCUAAUUCGCUUCGCUCAAACGAACGUAAAUUAUUUACCGCUUAAAUAACCGCAAACACUAGGCGAAAUCAGAUAUGGGUGGAUCGCGUGCGAACCCUAACACUUUAAUGAAAAGUAAUCUUACAGCAUUGGUAAAGGAAAAACAGAUAACAUUUUUAAAUAUGAGUUAAAUACCUAAAUGUUUCGUCACACUUAAACGAUUACAUUCUGUCUCUAAAACGUACAUGUCUUUUGCUUCGUCUGUUUUCCACCGCCCAUGAAGUUUUAACAACCUCUCAGAAACGGCUUUGGAAGCGUUAUUACUGAUAACUGCUGUAGCACCCCCUGAACGCAGACUAUGUAGGCCAUAUUCCUUGGGGUCAUAGCCCAAAUCUUUCAAAGUAGUCUUAAAUAUUUCCCUGCAGCGAGUAUAGGAUAACUUGUCAUUCCUAAGGGUAUAUCCCGACUUGUUCUUCGUUAAUGGCCUGAAUAAAGGCAAGUGACUAGACAGAUCCAAAUUGGCUGCUUCAAUAUACCUACGUAAGAUAGCUACUGGGCAGUAUUUGUUCUCUAACUUAGCAAUAUAAACAUAAUUGCCCUCUCUAUAUACAUCCGUUUUACUCCUUGGCACAAAAAUUUUAACAAAACCAUCGCAAAACGUGAGGUGUUUUGGCUGAAUAUUAGCCAACUCGUUAAAACGAAAAAAUCCUGCAAAACCUAAAGAACUUAUUGCGGCAAUACGUAAGUCCUUUAAAGAUGCUUCCUCAGCGCCAUGUCUGUCAAUAAUGCUUCUAAUGAUAGCAGGGUCCACGGGUUUUUUCUUGUGAACUGGAUUGCUCCUUGUCCUCUUGGCGCACUCAAUCAAGUUCUUGCAACAAGCGUUAUCCAAAGGAUUGGGACCAUCAUCAGGAACAAAGGAAUGGAACCAUUUCAGCGCACCAUGGACCAAAACCUUUGCGGCCGGGGACCUAAGCUGUUGAUCUAAUCCAAAUAGAUAAAGGGCGACAACAGAAGAAGAAAAUGGCAACUGUAGCGCAAUUUUCCGAGUCCUACACCACAGUAAAAACUUGUUUAUUUCCUUAAGAUACUUCUUCGCAGUAGAGUCUGCCCUAGAACAAAGUAAACUACUAAAUAAAGAAUGAAAAUCCGGCCUAAUAGCAGGAGGGAGCACCAUCCAUGCCUUACUUGCAACUACGACCUGCAAGAAAAAAUUAUAUCACCAAAAUUUUGCAACAACAGGAUAGCGGCUUUAGGAAAUGCAACACAAGCGAUGAUAGCGAUUCUAAUAAAAGGCCCCAUGCCUAUGACGCAAUGUCCGCAGGCAGCAUAAUAGAAAGAAACCACAGCGACCUCCCUGGGGCAAAAUAGGCAUGCAAAGUAGCUCCUAAACAAAGCCAUAGCGAAAAACCUACAAAGAAAACUAAUAACAAACGCGUAAAAACUGCAUAUAUAUCCUAAAGGCGACUUGCUCUAGCAGAUCAUUUAAAUCCCCCAAAAAGGCCCCAUAAACGACAGGCAAACGAAUAUAAAAUAGGCAACACCCUAUCUGGGACACAGUCACCUCGAACACCUAAAUAACCUAACAAUCGGAAAAACAAAAAGUUACAGCCUUGAUAAGAAAGGUAAGUAACCUAAACCAACAAGAAUAACGCAGCUCAACCUUGUGAAAAAACCUUGGCCAGAAUAGCAGGUUGAGUUACGAUUCGCAAACCAGUGUCAAAAAAAAAAAGCGACACAAUUUUCAUACGUGAACAGGUCUCUCAUUGUCGAGAGAACUCGAAAACUCGUUCUACUAACAGAAAUCCAAAACGACAGAAAUCUUCUCCGACGGACGCAGUCGUCCCUUCACAUGACCCGUGUCAUAUACUCUGGACACAGCUGUCCAUGCUAUUAAUGACCAGUGUCAAAUCUUGCAAAUACCAGUACUAAAAGCUAGUUCAGAAUGACCUACUCGAAGGGCAAUAAAAGUUGGAUAAUCCUUACAAAAAUUCAAAUCUAAGCGCGACAACCUCGCCUGUAAAACGAGGCGAACCAAGGAAUGAACUUAAAUUUCUUCCCAGGGUGAGAGCUCGGAAUGCAUUCAGCGUAAAACAUCCUUUCAUGAACAACCGAUAUUUACUAGUCAGAAGAGGCCAAAAACUCGACGAAGGCCAUAAUGGGACUACAAGAGUAGCCAUUGCUUUCUGUAGGCUCAAAUAAUGGAUAACGCGGGCGACAAGAGAAACUGGAGGAACCACUAAACAGUUCUCGGAACUUAACUCUUGGGCAAAGAAGUCAAUUCCUGACGUACCCGGAUUCCAGAAACGCGAAAAGAAUCUAGGAAGCUUAGCUGUAUAAUAAUUGGCAAGACAGUCAACUGUAUGUGGGCCCCAUAACUCCUCCAUACUUAGAAAAAGAUCAUGCGUGAUUUGCCAAUCGUCAAAAUCUAUAAGGCGACUGAUAUAAUCCGCCUUCUCGUUCUCAGUUCGUGGGAUCCACUGCACCUCCAAACGAAUAGAGUGCUCCGCGCAAAACUGAAAAAUUUUAAUAGCAAGCCUGUGCAAAUCCAAUUUCAUGCUACCGACUUCUAUAAUUCUAGCCGCCGCCUGGCUAUCAGUGAACCACUUGACCAGUGAACCUUCCAAAAUUGGCGCAAAAGACUCUAGCGAAAAAUCAAUGGCUGCAAGUUCUCUCCAAGUAGAGCUCUUAGAACAUUCUGAAGGCUCCCAAAGCUUGUGACACACACGAUCCUCAUUAAGGGUAAUAACUGAACCGCACCCUGUAGCGCUGGCAUCGGAGUAAGCGAAACGUUGUGGCUUAUUAAAGAGAAAACAAUCGCGCACUUUGAUGGAAUUUAGGUUGUUUCUCCAAAAAUAUAGCUCCUCAAUACAAUAAGAAUCCAUCUCAACUUUCGCGUCCCAGUGCUGCGCGCUUAAUGUAGACAUAAUGCAGUGCCUACUCAUGAUCCUAGAAAUGUUCCCGGAAACAGGCGCUGUAGAAAUUAUCUGCCCUGUAAAAGAGGCCAAUCUUCUGGCAGAAAGAACAAAAUCGGAGUCGAUAAUACUGUCAAUGGUACUAGUUAUUUUGGCAACCCUCCUAUCCACAAUUUCAAUGGUUCCACGAGCGCUAUCCCAAGUGAUACCCAACCAAUCAAGCCUCUGGCAAGGUAUCCACACUGACUUAUCCUCGUUAGUAACGAAACCCGCCUUAAAAAGGUCAGUUCUAACGGCAUCCGCUACAUUACUGCACACUUGAGAAUCCUUUUCAAUACCCCAUCCGUCGUCAAGAAAAACAGCAACGCAAAUGCCUUGAUGCCUCCAAUGUUUCUCAAGAGGCUUAAGAAUUUUUGUGAACACGUGAGGGGCCGACGAUAAUCCGAAAGGUAAAACUGUAAACACAUAGAACUUCACUUGAUUGGAACAGGAAUGCUUCCAGGAAAAACCAAGAUAUGUUUGAUGGCCCUCAAAAAUUUCAACGUGGUGGUACCUGCUUUUAAGGUCAAAGGAAAACAUAUAUGCACCCCGCGAGAAGUAAGACAUAGCUGUUUUCCAGUCUUCGUAUUUAACAUGCAUCUUACGAAGAAACUUGUUGACGUAUCUUAAAUCAAGAAUUAGCCUCUUUUUUCCAUUAGCUUGAACAGAUACGGACAAGGGGUUGACCACCCGGGGCGGUACAUUGGUUUCCACCACACGACCCGACUCAACUAAAUCUUGAAUAGCCUCCUCGACAAACUCGGCAUGUGAAAGAGACGAUCUGUUGUUUUUGAAAACCGCUGGCUCCGGAAAACUAACGAAAGGUAACACAUAUCCCCUUUCUAUAACGUUAAGAAUAAAACUAGGGGCUCCAAUAUGCUUCCAAAAUUCGAAGUUUCUACGAAGAUUUCCCUUGACGUUGACACACGGCCGACUAGUACUUAACUCAAACUCAAACAAUUCGCUAUCGCAAUGUACCUGAGCGAUAUCAGCAACCUCCUCAUCAAAAACAUUACUGCUUUGCACCAGGUUGAGUGUGGGCUCCGUGACUGGGUCUGUAGGGGCUGUAUGAGUAUCCUGGGGUGAACGUGGUUCCGCGAUAAGCACUUCGUGGGCUAUCCCAGGAGGCAGUGCAUUCUCUUGCCCAGUGGCCGAGCUUGUGACAUUUAAAGCACCUUGCGCGGUCCACGUAAGCAUCUCUACCGCCUGAAAUCAGAUGAAAUAAGAGCAGUAUCAAAAGCAGAUAAAAUGAAAAACACACCCGUAGAAACCUGAGAAAAGGGAGGGUGGGUGGGGCCAGAUUAAAACGUCCGAAGCAGAAAAACAGCUCUAAAGUGCUAAGGUCGCGAGCGAGAGAGAGAGAACAAACUGAAAACAGCAUCUUAAAUAGGUAAAACGAACCAAUCGGAAGCUACUAUAAACGCACUAGGACACCUAUAAAGGCGACAAACUGUAAGAAAGAAUGUGAAGCUAAAAUAACAGUGGAAAAUAUAUUGACUCAGGGUGGGGCUGGGGAUGGGGGUGGAGUGUGCUUGCUGGCAGGAGGCCCGCUAGACUGUUCACAGUCCUCUGUUUUAUCGUAAAAUCGUCGGGAUCAAGCGAAUUCUCUAACAGGUGGCUAUCUUGGUUUCAAAUGUACCUGGUUUACCCUGGGGAUCACUAUGAAAUCUACUUUUGGGGCAGCGGAUCCAAGAAGGCCCCACAUCUGGACGAUCUUACGGAAAGAUAAGGGACAGUGAACAGUCUAGUGUCCUGCAAGCAAACAUCCCCCUCGCUAUUAUUCUGGAAAAAAAAAAUACUGUAUCUUUGAAAUUAGGUUAUCCUACAUUUAUAACUGGCAUGGUGGUUUACCUCGUUUACCACUUGGGUACAUGAACGUCCACAACUUUCCAUUGCUCUUUUGGAAGCGUGUGUCACAAAUUAUAAGCUCACUUGUAGUAGCCAUAUCCAACAUAAACUGGCCGUUUCUAUUCGUCUUUUUUCCAAAGCUAAACCCAUCGAAUUCUAGGGGACUGAUUUGUGCAUUCAUAUCGCCACAUAUGAUCUUAUAUCCAAGUAGCUUCUUUAUUACUUCAGAGAGGGUGUUGUAGAAGUCUAGAGCAUAGUUGUCAUCCGAGCAGUUUGUUGAACUGUAGCAGCCUAUAAUAGUAGUAGCAGGGUUGCCACUGAGGUCUGCCACCAGGAUCCUCUAGGUAGUUGUAAGCAGAGGGGCUUAGUAGCAUACCCACUACUUCUCCCACGUAACUGUUCACGGAAUUCCUCCAAUACGAGGAAGUGGCCAAGAUCCAGCCUUUGCCGACAUCAGUAUUCGGCACGUCCCCACUAUCAUGAAUGUCACUAACAGCCGGGGCCAAGGAUUUUCCCCGGAUGCUACGUGUAUAAGCGUGAGCCCCGACUACUCUUAUAGGAAACAAAAGGAUACUACAAUCCAAAGAACUUCCUAGCUGUACAAUUCCCCUCGUACUAAUUGCAUUUACCCGGCAACUUGGACUUUUAGCGACAACACUGAUACAGAAAGAAAAACCACCGACAUUUGAGACUGCUCACUUAGGAAAUGACUAAAGCGAAGACAAUGAAGAUGAUAAUGGAAAUAGAGAUUUCGGAAAUAAUUCACAGAGUAUUUGGGUAUGCGGGUACUUGGUGUACUUAAUACAUUUUGGUGCCAUGGGGUCAUGAACGUCCCUACCCUACAAUGAAUAGUUCAGAAUCGCCCUUGGCCAAGGCGUAGCACCCUUGAGCCCCCCAUGUCAGGGUCACGACACUGUUGCCUGGCAGUCAGGUUUUUGUUUUAGCCACAGGCUAAAGGAGACAACCCCCUACAGAAAACGAGUCCACUGCUGGACGGUCUGGCGCUCCUCCAGCAUUGUUUGCUGGAUUUGUCUUAGUGAGCCUAGCUAUUGAAACAGUGAUUUAAUGAACACUGCAAUUUUCCCUACUUACCGGCUCGGUCGGCGCCCGUAUAAACAAGGGCCGCGUCCCUUAAAGCUCCUUUGCCCUGGUGGGCAACCAGGCCGGAGAUGAUAAGUCAGUUACAGGAAGACUCCUAAGCUGCAAGAUAGACAAUCUCGUGUCAACGUUUAACAUCCGUUCACUCAACUCCAAUGAGAAGAUUGGAGAGCUAACCGCGCUGGUGUGUAUUGGUGUGUUUUUGUGUAGUGUUAGCUAAUGUUUGUAUAGGUAAUCACAUGAUUUCGAGUGCAAUUUGGAAUAAAUAAGCACGAGUAAAUUUUUCAAAGUCCAACAAAAGUGCACGAGCCCGUAGGGCGAGAGCACUUUGUGGUCUUUGAAAAAUUUACAAGUGCUUAUUUAUUCCAAAUUGCACGAUAAAAAUCAUGUGAUUACUUAUUAAUAAUAUACACGAAAAACAUAACUACAACAACAAAUUUUGACAGCGCGCGCGUUUUUAGUUCAUUCAACUGAUUGGCUGAAACAGACUACUACCUUUGUCAAAUUCAAACUUUUUCAAGACCAACGCUUCCAAAAUCAUUCAUCUAAGAACAGAUGUUGUGAUGUCGGAAACUGCCAGUAUCAAUAUAAUAUUUGCUUUUUCUCAACGCUGGAGUUUUCAUUAUUUCGUUUGGCCUACUGCGAGAGUCAUCGUAGCUCUUCUUCGUCGGCUUCAUCGUAGUCGUUAAGGAAAUUUAUACCUCUGUGGCCUGUGACAUUGACUAUAUGUUCUGAACUUACAAUCUUUGCUUUCUUCAGCUACCUGACUGUUGUUUUUCUUGCACAAUGAUUCGUAAACUUUUUUCUCACUUUCUUUACGGCUAAUACCAGCUACGGACACUUUCAUUAUGUGAGUUAUGGUAUUUUCGCCCAUUGGUUUAGUUUGGACCAGAUGUUAAAAUUUUCGGUUUCGUUUGCUACUGAGGUAGAGAAAAAACAGACCAUCGCAUGGAUGUUUUAAUAGAGGUCUUCGCUCCACAAAAGACUCAACAAAUAACGUACGUGACUUGAAAUCCCUGUUGUUAUCAUGGAAUUGUAUCCUUGUUCAUUUAAAUGCCCGAAGAGUGUAGCUGUCAUGGUUUGCGUGUGGUUGCAACCGUUUUUGUUCUUUAUUUUUUUUACUUUAGCGUAGUCUGUUAUAAGUAACUUAUUUUUUAGUUUCUCUGGCUCAUUUUCCUCGAUUUUGUUAACAGUAUUUUUCUCUUAGCAACGGAUUUUCAAUACAUUUAGACAGAAAGACGUACUUUUUACUGUGUUCGGGUUUUUGGAAUAUUUUUUUAACUUUUCUAUUGUUGUUUUGCUUACAAAAUUAAAUCCCGUCGUCGUCUGCUGAAAACCAUGGCCAUUUUCUUGAAUUUUUGUUGUUAAAACAGCUCUAAUCUGAUUGGUUCUUGUUGGUUUCUUUUGUGUUUUCAGCCAAUCAGAAAGCAUUUGUUAUUUGCACUCGUGUUACAAGCAUUUUGCACUCGUGUUUCAGAAGAGCUGCACUCCUUUCUCAGCCAAUCAGAAUUGAGUAAUUUUUUCGUGUAUAUUAUUAACUAGGAAACUGAACUCAAAGUAACGGCUUGGAAACUAAAAUUUCGAGGACGUUUUUGCACUUUUUACAUUCAGGGCAUGAAUUUUUCGUCAUUUCAGGCCAUGGAACCUAAAAAUGAGCCUAGCUAGCUGUAAAAAGGGGCAAUACGGAGGAAAUGCGUCCUAGCCGGCAUGAUCACAUGCUGUUUACGGAAAAUUCUCUCAUCCAUGUCAGGAAAUUCUGUAUUUUAAAGCCUCCCCUAGGGCAUGACUCAGCAACUAAGGACAUUUCUGCUACGUUUUCAAUGUUGGUUAGCAUGCAAGGAUUUUUCCCAUGCCUAUCGUCAAUGAUUUGCUCACUGGUAAUAGAGGGGGUGGCCCCAGAGUGGUUUUGCAUUGAAAUUGGCAUGCAACAGAAUUUCGCAUGCCCUGUAAACACAAUUUGAGGUUCCGUGACCUUCUCACCCAGGCCGCGAGAAGCCUAGGUUCUAGUAAUAAGUAAUUUAUACCCAGCAAAAUCUCCGGCAUGCCGGACAUGCCACAUUCUCUGACAUGCCCGGCAUGACAAAUUCUCUAGCAUGCCGGGCGUGCCAUAAUCUGGGUCAUGCCGGGCAUGCCAAAAUCGGUCUCUGGCAUGCUCUCAACGCACAGGUUAUAAUUCCUUGAAUCUACAGAUAUUUUAAGCCUGGCUAAAAAAAAAAAAAACUAAACAGAUCACCGUGCUUAUCUUUUGAUGUACGGUUACACGAUGACGUCAUUGCUAUUCCAUUUGGUUGUCCCAGCGAAGUUUAAAUAACAAAAGCUCUAAUUUUCACAAGAAAGUAAAGCCCUGAGGGAUUCUGCCGUAGUGAUAAAACAGCGUCAUCGUGGAGAUGACCUGUUGGGGGAUUGUAAAAACUCCUGACCCCUUUUAAUGAGUCUUUAAAAGGAUUCCCAUUUCACAUUGCGAAUAAAAUGGAAUUGACUGAAAUCAGUAAAAAGAGAGACAGACACUAUUUUCAUUGUAUAAUAAAAUGCAUCUAUGUUCCAUGAAAGCUUUUAAAAAUACAAGGUUAUAGAAUAUCUUUCAAAGUUCAUUACAAACUGAGCUAAGCCCCAAAAUCAUUGGUCAUUAUUCAGUAAAUUAUGAUGUUUGACAAUGCAAUGUGCUUGAAUAUAACGUUGCAAUUACAAAUCUCUCUAAAGCAAAUUUCCCUACGUUAGAAAAGCUGUUUUUAUCUUGUUUCACAUUUUGAUAAGGAGUCUGAGUUCCUCUUUCUUGUUUUGUAGGCUUGCCUGGGAUUAAUGUUUUUGUGUCAUUACCAGUGUCUGUGUUCUCUGUUUUUAACUCAAAGUAAGUCAGUAAUAACUGACCGUAUCAAAGAAUUGCUCUCUAGAAAAGUAAUUAUCUCCUCGUCAUGUCUGGAAGUUACCUGUAACAAAAAAGAAAUGGAAUGUUAACACAUCCAAGGGCAAUAUGAGAAAAAAGAAAAAGAACAUGUUGAGCUCAGCUUCUCUUAACAUAUUUACAUACUGGCUUGUUGAGUCUGUUAAAGGUCGCAACUAAUUGUCUGAGGCUAAUUUCACAAGAGUGUGCAAUUGAGAUAAAUGCAUGGUAACUAAAGUGAAAGAAACGUGGUUUCACAUUAGCCAAUUUACAUUGCGUUGUUCGAUGAUGUUUACACGCUCUUCUACUGCGAAAUAAACCUUUGCAUUUGGAUUUGCAAGUCAAGAUUAUACCGAGUUUGACUGGCUUAAUUGAACAACAGUUUCAUUUUUAAGCAGGUAAGGUGUAGACCCAUAUAAAGCCGAAAUAUGUAAAGGAAACUCAGCGAAAACGUUUUCGCAUCUUUUUGUGGCGAUAUUCUCUCACGGCCCGUCAACUGAUUAGGGGAUGCGAAGAAAAAAUAAAUUAGGACCAACGGUUAAAGCCUGUCCGGUUACACCAUUUGGUAUGUUACCUAGAGUUCUAAUAAAUAGGUCAUAAAAUAGGAUUUAACGAGAGCGAAUUUGUUUCUCAAUCGGUGUAUAAAAAAGUGAAGCUAUCAAAUGAGAAGUUUAUAGAGUAUCAAAAUUAUUAAAGUAAAAGCUCAUAUAAUUAGGAAAAUUCCUAUACGGAAACAAUGCUAGUGACAUUAAAUUGAUCAGAUAAAAUUCUGAGAAAAUUUGUCGAAUAAAAGCGUCAUUGUUUGCUUUUGUUUUUGCGUAAAGGUAAAUUUUUCGGCCCACAAAGCAAAGUUGAAAAAGCGACUAAAUCUUAGUUUUUUACAUUGAACAUGUUUAUUAGCUUAGUUUUCGUCCGUUUUAAAAGCUUUAUAACCCAGUCAUAAUUUUCGGGUUAAAAUAGUAAAAACUCAUUUCAAAAACCAUGUUCAUUUAAAGUAGAGCCAGCAAACGUGAACAUUUUGUAAUUCAAAAGUCGGACCCAGCCAGGUUGUUUAAGCUUAGAAUUAUUUGUAUUUUAGCGUCCUAUAAAUUUACCAGAAUCGCCUCUCAGAGGCUUACUGUAGCAGAGCAUUUUGUAGUACACUCGUAGACAAGCAAUGUAAGCCUUAAGUCUUUGCUUGGAUGAGAUGUCCAAAAGAAAAAUUAGUUUUGUGGACCUAAACACACAUUCACAGACUGCUUAUAUUGAGUUGUUUACAACUUUGCAUUGACACCUGCAGCAUGUUCAUUUUAUAUAAAGCGAAAUCCAAAUCUGAUUUUGGCAUUUGAUUUACGGAUAUUUUAUUUUGUCUCCAAAACUGAUUGUAAUAUCCGUUUGAUUGUCUUUCGAACAACAGUCAAACUAUGCAGCAAAAAUAAGUAACUUUACCGGUACAGUGAAAAAAUAUGACCGUAGGUGCCAAAAAUAAUUAUACUCGAGCUAUAAAAUUAGAUUUGACUUUUUUUAGCUUUGGUUUCUUUAUUUUUGAGGUUUUCUCUAGUCUUCUUAGCAGCAGAAGAAGAUUACAAGACAUACAAUCAGAAACAAUCCGAAGUGAACGAGUUAACAACCACUUAUGACACUUAUGCCGGACCUCUUAAUAGGCAUGCUCAACAGUAAGAUAAACUGAAUGCCAAAAGACUAAUUCACGGGAUUUGGUCGAUAUUCAGGCUUUUUCUUUACCAAAUUAAUACUAAAUUUGUACUUACAGUCUCUCGCAGAAUCCAUUUCUUGUCCAGCUUUCACCAACAUCUCAACCAUGCACCGCAGAAAAAAAAGACAAACAAAUGCGAAGAGACAUGACGACAUCGUGACGCCACAACUGCCACGCUACAACAAACUAGAUUCAUCGUCAUCCGAAAACACUUCUGCGGAAAUUCGGCCGAUUUCGUGCGUGCUCGGGGUAUCUUCGGAUGACGUAGAUGACGUUGCUCAAAGGACUAUCGUCAGCAAGGACUAAAACAGUUUGCGAGAUUCGCAUAGCCGACAAGAAGCGCACUGAAAAACUAAGCAAAAUCUCUCUGAGAAGGCAGUCCAAAUUCACCAGAUCCGAACGUCUUUGCAGUAUUAACGUCGUACUCUCGUACUGACUUGACCGACCUGGUAAGCUUAAUUUUCAUCAGUCUUUUAUGCUGUUGACCAGGAAACAUUCCGACGCGAUAAAACUUAAGCAUGGAUAAGUUUAUACUGAGAAGAUUUGUUAUCUUAUUGUUUAAGACGCUUUUCCGCGAUCAAAUUUAAAUAUGGACCCAGAAAUGUCAGUAUCGGUUUGAAAUAAAAGGAUUAAUCUUUGAUUGCAAGUUAAGUACUCUAUUUUAUGCAUGAAUAAUGUUGUUUUGUUGUGCUUUUUAUUUAUAAAUCCAGGCUUCUGUCUUCAGUUUUGCCAGUCGAUCCCGUGACACACGUGACAAACAUGACUUUUUUUUAUUAUAAUCUGCAUUUAUUGCCAGGCAUGAAACCUGUAACUUCAAGAUCCCUAAGAUAUAUUUGGCGAUUAUAUGUGAUUCUCAGGAUAUGAUGCUGAAGUGAACAUCAAAAUCAGUCUCGCUGGGCAUGCCAAUUUCUUGCCUGGCAUGCCGGACAUGCCAAACCAACUGGCUUCACCAUCGGCAUGCCCGGCAUGCCAAACCAGAGGAGCAAAAACUGGGAAUGAAUUAUCAACCCGGCGAGAGAUCUGGGACCUAAGAUUAGCUGGGUCAAUUUUGGGCUGCGAGGGCAUGAACCCUUUUUUUCCAUGCCUAUGAGAUGUUAUUUCUAAGUACCAAUGUUCCCUUGAGUUUUGACAUGCCUAAAUAUAUAAAAUUUUCCCUCUCUCAUUAAUCCUCAGACUGGAUGCGAUUUUUGCGCUCGCUAGGCAUGUUCAACUGAAAAUCAUGCCCAUACCCUUAUUCAAAACAAAAUGCUAUCAAAUUUUAGUUUUCAAGCCGUUAAGUAGACGAAUGGCUCAAAUCAGUGGCUUUGGCUGGGAAGUGUCAAACUCUCAUACAUGUGAUAUGUUCAAUUAGCCAAUCAGACUGUUUUGGCUUUAUAUUUUUGCUACUUAGUCACUGAAUCUUUCCUUUUUUAUCAACAUACUUUAUAGUCACUGUCAGAAGUAUAUGCUUCUGUCACUGUAUAUGUGAAUGCACCUUGUCUGUAUUUGAAAACAAAAGGUCACUGCUUCUACACACGUAGGAGCAAAUGGACAUGACGCCGUUCAAUGUACUUUUCUGACAGCUGAGCUCAUACCAUUCCUCUAUUUGUCAGGUCUGGUGUUCUGCCUCUGAAUAUGCUGUACUUUAAAUAUUCGGCUAUCCUAAUGUACGAUAUGACCUUUGUUUGACGGUGGUGUCAGAACAAAAAAAAUGCAUAACCCUUUCUCUACUGGCAAUUUUUGCAAGAAAGAAAACAGAAAUAACCAUUUUUGAGCCCUGCCUGGAGUUGUUUGGUCACGAUUUCCAAUGUUUAUAGAGAAAUCCUCCAAAGAAAGUCUAAUUCCUGCUUGAAUAAAGUUAGGGGACUCACAAUUUGAAACUAAAACGGGUUGGAGUAAUAGGGCUUUGAAAUUACCAUUUACUUGUCACCACUGCAACCAGAAGUUGAAUGCAAAGAUGUGUAAGCUACAAUAAAGGACCCUUACUUCGCUGGUGAUAGACACCAAUGAAUGGUUUCUGUCCCAGCUAUCUGCAUUUCGAAUAACUAAGGAAAUUAUAAUAAAAACAGACCACGACGUUCCAUGCUUGGAAAGCAACAUUAUUUAAAAUUUUUUUACUUUUGUUUUUCUUGUCAUGCAAGAGAUAUUAUGCAUAAAGCUGGUUACCAAAAUUAAUGGUCUAGCGUCCGAAAUUUUCCCGUUAUUAGUCACCAGUUGGCCCUUUAAAGAAAAAGUUAAUUUCAAACCCUGGGUAACCAGUAGCAUAAUGUCAAGCAGUUUUUUCCAGUUCACCCAGAUUUGGCAUUUCUGGAACGGUGUCUGAAUCCAAAUAAGGCACAAAUGAGUUUCGUGUGAGGCUGGAACCAACAAAUGGGGAAAAAACGAGAGACAGAGAAGGCAUCGUCCUCAAUUUUCAGUUGGGAUUUCUGAAAAAUGACCUUACCAUUAGCUUACCAUCUGGAAUUUUCAGUAUUUUUUGAUAAAUGGUACGCGACCUUGAGUGGCCUAUCUAUUUCUAUGUUCUUUGUGCAACGUCAGCGUCACGCACACAUGGUCGAAGUUACAAGAACGCUUUUGUACGACGCGCUUGUCUGCAGUGUUGAUUCCAGGUGUUCUUUUUGUAAGAUAUAUUUUUUUCUUUUCUUGAGCUGUUUUUAGUCACUCUAUUGCAUGGAAAAGUUUUUUUCUUCCUUUAAAGAGAGGGGAAAUUUUUAAAGAAAAUCAACAACUGAAAGGGACCAUGAAAAACAGCCCUAAGUGACUCAUUUCCAACGAUUAGAUUCUCAUUCCAAAUUGUUUUUUUAAUUGCUUGUGACACAAAGAGAAAAUUUGACUUAGCAUUGAGAGUCAUAAUACUACAAAUUUUUCCACGUAAGUACUGAAACGUUUUUAUAACUCUAGCCCGAAUUUAUCCGUUUCACACGUGCUGCACCAGUGGAUUAUUUAAGUUAUUCCCAAACAAUCAAACUGAUGACAACACAGGCUUAGCUAGGACAGCUGUUCCUUGUGGCCAAUUUAAGCUGGUUUAGUAGUGGAUAGCUACUAAUUCAGUACAAGUACUGAGACAUGAACUACCCUUUUAGCAUUUGAAGGCAGCCUUUGUAACAUUUCACAGAUAGCAAAGGAUGACACACCACCUUCUUCCCAAGCCAGAAGCUUGCAACUCAAGCUUUUGAGAUUUGCAAGGAAUAGUAUCUUGCUUAUCUCUUUGAGUUUAGAGUAAGGGCGUGGUUGACAUCCGCGCUUUGGUAGCCUUUAGGGUUUUUGCACACGUGAAAGUGAUGAAAUAGUACAUGCCGUAUAUUUCGGAAAAGGUUUCUGAAAUCUGCCAUAUCAAUUACUCUCACAUUCCGAUCUGAAAGAUGAGUAGGAUUAUGCGAUCUCCCACUACUGCUUGAAGGUCUACUGACUGUUGAAGACGAGGAAUAAUUUACAUUUUCUCCCUUUCCCCUCCCCCAUCUCCUUCUUUCGCCCUAGCACCUACUCUAAGGGUUACUAUUUUUACUCUCCGUUAUCUUCCUUCGUCAUAACUUCAAAGAUGGCGGUUACAACAAUACGAACUUAAACAAGAAGCAUUCGCCCCCCCAAAAAUACACCUGUACUGCAGGCUACUAGGAGAUCGGAUAUUGUGGUUGUGGGAAGGAGGAUAGGGUCUGUCAGGAACCUAUGAUGAAGAUGAUGGGCUCCUGAGUCGGCUCCUGAGUCGACUGCAGAGUUACAUAUAGGAAAGUCAAUUAACUCAAAGAAAACUGAAAAAAAACCAACAUCUCAAGCGUAAGAUUUGAUUAUAUACUAUUUUGACGGAUGGGCUAUUAACGGUGGAUUAGGGAAUAACCAUUAGGUGGAAACGUUACGCGAAGGGGAAAAACAACCACGCAAGGAAGUGUCUUCCCCCAAUUUUUGUAAAAAGAUACCCUUUAAUCACACUCAACAGCUCUGACCCACUUCCCAAACUGUGCGAAACUCGGUCUCUCAAAUGAAAAUGAUUUAGUUUCCUGAAACAAAUAAUUUUAGAACAGAUGCUGCUGAUCUGACCUUAAAAGCAGAUUUUCGAAAGCUCGCAUUAGCCUGUUUUUAAUCAUAUUAUGAACUUGAAACCAGCUGAAAAUAGUUUUACGUUGUUGAUUUAGUUUCUUUCUUCCUUCCAUUUUAUCCUAUUAUGGUUUCUAACCCGAUCUCACUGUUGGACUUUCCCCGGAGACACGCAUUACUUGUAAAUUUGUAUCAAAAAAACACAGUAAGGAAGUUUCAAAAAUAGCAGAAAAAAGCUGACACGAUACCCAAUCCUUCAAUCCUGGUAUCGUAUAUCCGCUUAAUUUGAAUACAGCUUCUUUUGAUGAUGAUGAUGAUGAUGAUAAUGCUGAUCAUUAUUAUUAUUGUUAUCAUCAUCAUUUUAUUAGUAGUACAAGUAUCAUCAUCAUCAUCAUCAUCUUUCUUUUGCGUAAGCGAGUGUUUUUUUAACAGGUGUUUGGCUGUUUGAUAUCCAUUUUGUUUCUCUGGGCAAGCCGUUUAUCCGUUCACGGCCAUCAAACCGUCGAGCCGUUGUUCUUCUUUCUUUCUUUUAUUUAUUUAUUUAUUUUGUCAUCUUUCACUCAAUCCUUUCUCUUUUUUUAUCCGUUUUCUUUUAUGUUCAGUUGCCGUGCGUCGCGUGAGAGGUAACAAAAUAAAAUGAUAUUACUUCGCAACAAAAUAUACUUAAGAAAUUGUCACAAAUAUCUUUGCCCACGGAAUUAACGUCAUCAGAAGACGGGGGCAGAUAAAGAAAGAACUAUUUUUUGUUGGUAGUGUAUGGGAAAAUAUUUGCGUAAACACUGAUAUUGGUGUUAAAUGACAAUAACUACGUGGUUGGAGUUAUUGACUUAGGGCCAUCUCUUGUUUUAAAAAGUGGUACUGUUGUAGCGAAUCAACGACGGGUGACAUAAUUACUUGUCAACGAAUCACUGAAAUACCGAAUUGCAGUGCUUUUAAUAGUCUGUUUUGACAGUAAGCCGGAGGCUAACAACUACAUUGAGACCUAAACAACUGAAGGCUUUUUCAACCAAGGACAAACCUUUUAAGAAGGCUAAUCAAGGUAAAGGGCCGCAACUCUAACAAGGAUGGUAGGCUUUCCAGUACUUCCCAGAUGCUAUGUCUUCGCAUUGGGGAUCUUUGCUGCUUUUCCAAGUCAUUCUAGAGGUAAAACUUUACCUUGUAUUGCACACUAUGUUUUUUAAUAGCCAAGUUCAUUUGGAACAUUUUUCAAGCUCAUUCUUCAAGCUUACAUCUUUGUGUCCUCGUUUCUCUUGGAAAGCUUUCAGCCAAGGAUCGAUUGGUGGCCUGUUUUAUGUCAACUUCAUGAUCGAUCAAUUUUCCUACUUGAAUGUCACAAGUAUUGGACGGAAUCUUAUUCAAGACGAAAACGAUUGUGGCUACGCCUGUCUAGAAAUUCCAUCGUGUUUUUCUUACAACGUGGCUGCCUUCCCUGAUGUCAACGACAAACGUCUCUGCGAACUCCUGCCAUCGGACAAGUUUAACAACUCAGACAAGUUCAACGCCAGUAAAGAGUUUCAUCAUUUCUUUAUUCCGGUGAGUCAAACGUCUAAAUGAUUAAAAGUGUUUCGUUCUAUAACCCUUUCGCUGCCAAUUGUGGCAAAAUGCGACAAGAAUUUCCAAAUUUCGUUUUUUAAAAUGCUGAAAAAACGAUUAGCACCAUGUGAAAGUACAGGCAGAGAGGUUUCAUUUGAAUGGUAACUUCAGAGAAUUUUGUCCACAGGUUACAAAACUCCAUCAUUCCCUCUGACAGUUAGAGAGUUUUAAGAAUAAAUGCUCAAUAAUCCUCUCCCCUUAUCGGGCUUUUCAGGGUUAAUGAAACAAAUGCUAAUAAAUAAAUUCAAAGGAAACUUAACAUGUUUAAGAAUCCCAACUGGUAGGAUGCGAUUUAAAAAAAAAUGGGCUAAGCAUUUAAACACUGGACUAACGAGAACAAUCAAGCAAGUAGACAGGGUGAUACUUGAACUUAGGGCCUCCGGAUUACACGUCCAGCGCUCUUAAACCACUCAGUCACGCUUCCUUCUCCGUUUCAUGGGAAUACUGUGUAGAUACUAUUCACAUUUCUCUGCAUAGCUAGUUAUGGGCUUCGGAUGAUCGAAUUCUGGAAGGGGGGAGGUAUUCAGAAUUCUCUUUACUUCGAAUACGAAAAAAAAAAACAAAACAAAACAAGAGAGUGAGUUCUUUGGAACUAUAUGUUUCUAAAAGACACCUUAGUAAUUUCUAUUUGUAACAUUAACGCUAGCGAAAUGUUACACCUGCGAACUGCCAGCUUCCAAUGACCAGCCAUGCUUCUUCAGUUCGUUAAACAGAAAUUUGGAUGAUCCGAUUACGUUUAUUAGGCAGACUGGUUCAAACUUGAUUUCAGUAACGAGGUAUUUUGAAGAAUCAGUACCGAGUCUGAAGUUUGCGGAAUUUUGCUUUAAGAAUAAACCCGAGGCUGAAAUUUUGAUGGCACAUGGAGACUUGAUUGUUUAAUAUUUUCGAUUGUGAAGUAAAAGUAAGUCUUGAAUUCUGCCUCCAUUUCUACAUAUAAAACCUUCAGUUGUUUAUAAACCACGUAAAAUCUCUACACGGUUGUUGAAUAAAUUCAGCUGGACAUGUAAAUGAGAUCCUUGCUAAGUGAUGUAAAACAGGUUGUUUGUUGUUCUUAAUCGAGGAAAUGUCAUUAAGAGUUUGCCUGUGCCAAUCGCAGGAUGUUGUUAUGGCAAAGCAAAUUAAAAACCACAAUCGCCACGAGAAAUUAUGAAACCUCUCGUAUUUCGUCUUUUUUAUAGCAGUUUUCCUUAAAAAAUAACCCUAUUUCUAGCAUUGAAACUUUCCGACUUUAUUUUAUUGUUAGUUUUUAAGCUCAGCUAUCUUUCACUAGCAAAGCGACGCCGUACUACAAUCUGUAACAGCCAUGAGCAUUAAAUUUUAACAGUUUUAUAACAGGUGACCACUUUUUUGUAAGAACCAAUACACGAAAUGAUUACCUAAAAAUAUGAAAUGCUUGGCCUUUAAAUGAAUUCUCUAGGUUAAUUCAGUAACGAAAUGUUUAGCGAUCAGUCUAGAGAGAAUUUGCAUCGUGGAUAUCAGGGCUUUUAAAAAUGAUUGAUCCUUAAACCUAGACUAGAACCAAAUAAAGGUUUGUACAAAUCGUGACAUGUAUGCGUUUCCUAGUCGUUCCAUGUAAGGGUGUCCGGAUUCCGAAAUCCGGGAAAUUUUUGCUUGUGGAAUCCGGACUCCAAGAAGAAGUUCCUUGUGGAAUCCGGAAUUCUGGGCUUUGGAAUCCGGAAUACCGCUCCAGAAAUCUGAAAUCUCACUAACGAUUGGAAUCCAGGGCCCGGUUGCAUAAAACGUCCGUAACAACUACCGGUACACGUACGUGCACUCGUAACAUAAGUCAGUUGCAUGAAAUCACUUAAGUGGUCCACUUAGGGAAUUCACUUAAGUGGUUGCACUUACGAUUUUCGUAAGUGUUCACUUAAAUGUCGUUUAUGCAACAGAAAUUGCGGGUGUUGCAUAAAACCUUUUUUACGCGAAAAAUAGCACGUAUAUUUACGGGACCUAUGUAGGUCCCGUAUCGUUACUGUUUUUACUAAAUUUAACGAAAUCUUUUACUGAGAGGUGAAAAAAAGUAUUUUUCUUCACAUAAUUCGUUCACCAUUGGUGAAUGUAAAGAAAGUGUCUAGUCGUUUCGAACACUUGUAAGUCUCUCAUUGAAAUAAAACUUGCAUGCAAUCGUUAUUUGACUUCAAUAUCUACGGAAUUGUCUUGAUUGUUUCUUCUUUUUUCUCAACGACGGCUUUAAGUGUACAUCGGAGGUUAAUAAAGUGCAUAAGAACGAAUUACGUAAAGAAAAAGCUUUUUUUCACUUGUCAGUAAUAGAUCUCUUUAAUUUUAGUAAAAACAGUAACGAUACGGGAUCUACAUAGGUUCCGUAAAUUUACAUGCUAUUUUUCCCGUAAAAAAAGAUUUUAUGCAACACCCGCAAUUUCUGUUGCAUAAGCGACACUUAAGUGAACAAUUACGAAGAUCGUAAUUGCAGCCACUUAAGUGAAUUCCCUAAGUGGACCACUUAAGUGAUUUAAUGCAACUCACUUAAGUUACGAGUGCACGUACGUAUACCCGUAGUUGUUACAGGCGUUUUAUGCAACCGGGCCCAGAAUAGAAGUUCCACUGACAAAGACUGGAACCCAGUACCAAGACUGUCCUGGAUUCCCUAGUCUGCGUCGCAGACGUAAUUUAACCCUGGUUAGUAAGGUCUGCAAAGCAGCGCCGAUAUCCUUAUUCUGGGCUCCCAACACUCAACGAAUAACCGGAUUUGCGUUUUGAAUUUCCUUUCAAUCUGGUUGGCAAAUCCACAAUGGCCUUUUUUGACAGGCUAAUAUAUCAUGGCAUGUACUCAAAUCCUGUUACACAGGUGGAGGCCUAGCUAGAACUGUUUUUUUUUUUUUAGUUUAGCAGACGGACUUAGCCAAAGUUUAGUUUCGACCGUGGCGCAGGCAAAGAUUCCCUUACAUGGGACGAUCCAUGCCCGGUAAUUUUGGUAUGUUUUUCGUUGAGUUUCGUAAAGAAAGAGCUCAAACGAGAAAAUGAAGGGGACCAGUAAAAAAAGGAAAAGAGAACAUCGUUUUCUUGUGUGACUUCUGUUUUGCUUUUACGCUGCGCAAGUCUCGGACGUACACACAAAUUCAUACCCCCGCCGUGGUACAAGGGGAUGGGGGGCGGGGGGUGGAUGGAACCCCUCUCCGGAGUCUUUGAUAUGUUGCAGUAUUUCGAAACGAUUUUUACCUUUAGUGGAAAGCCUUUAAUCUUCUUAACAAGAUGAGGUAUAAUUUAUUGGUGGUGGCGCUACUGGAGGCCUGCGACGUCACCAACAAUGGUCGCCAUCUUGGAUUUUACCAAGAAUUAGAAAUCAGGUUAAAACGGCGAGAAAUAGUAAUUUUUUGUGCUUUACAUGAAACUUAACACAUAAAUAAACACUUUGCAUCAUCUUAGCCACAAGGUUAACUUUUAUUGUUGAAAUAAGUUAAAAAAACAUGUAUUUUCACCUAAAAAUGGCUUGACCACCUGCUUCUUAUGACGUUAUAUGUCGUAACCAUAGCAACUGACCAUCACUGAACUUGUCUCAAAAUGUGUGCGAGGGAUGAACGAACAGCUACUGAAAACGUCAGGUCCUGAUGUUUUAUCCUCUAGGAAAAAAUUAAAAAAACUUUCUAAAACCCCCUUGUACGUCUGAGGGUUAACUAGGGGCUCAACGUGGUCAAUGAAAGUCGAUUGCUGAAUUUCCGUCUAAUAUAUAUAUAUUUUUUUUAACGGGGAUGGGCCGUUAACCCCAUGGCCGAACUCCUGGCUGGCCAGGCGUUGCAAGUUGUCUUGCAUAUUUCACCCAAAUGGUUGAACCCACCAGGAACCAAAUUACAAGGUCCUUACUAGUAUUAUCAAGGCACACAAAUCUCCCGACCACGUUUGUUUUGCGUCGCGUUAAUUGAUAUUUUGACUUUACCAUUCAGUGGUCGUUACUUACAGCUAUAUGCUUUCCUCUGUGUAGUCUUCGUGCGACAAUUCGCCCUGUAAAAGUACUGGUAAAUGCAUUCCCUCGUACCAGAAAAAUGGAUAUAAGUGUAUCUGCGUGAAAGGAUUCACCGGAAAAAACUGCGAAACGAGUAAGAAUUACUAUUAGUUGAAACAAUGUUGCCAGUAAUUAACAAAUAAAGAAACCUUUUAGUGUGCUUUGUUCUGUUGUAAAGCACGUAGGAAGCGGUCAGAGCACGAAAGAAGUGUAGGGGAUAAACACGAGACGUAGUCGAGUGUAUUUCUCUAGUUCCUGAGUGCUCUAGCCGCUUCCAAGGUACUUUACAACUAAACAGGGUGACAAAAAAAUAAUUUUAGCAUUGUAAUAAUAAUAAUAAUAAUAAUAAUUUUUUUAAUAAUAAUACUUUAUUAUACUCUUCUCAAAUUGAAAAUUAAGUACAAAUUUAGUAUAACUAUAGUUAAAAAAAGACUUCUUGGUGGUCUGGUGGUUUUCAACAGAGCAAAUGUAAACAACUGUCUGUAAACUAAAAAAAAAGAAAAUUUCUAUGUUCAUCCCAAUGAUAAAUAUAAUAUUUAUUAAAUUUCACUAUUUACAGAUUCAAGAAUGAAAGUCGAUUGCUGAAUUUAAUAGUAAUAAUAAUAAUAAUGAUAAUAAUAAUAAUAAUUAUAAAAAUUGUCGGCGAAUAAGUUUGACGCUGAACUUUUCCAGACCUGGUAUUUUAUAACCUAAAAUUACACCAUGAGAGGUUACCGAACACAUAAUUGGUGAUGAAUUACUUUUAAGACAGAUUUCUCCAGGUAACUUUAGAACAACUAGUUUACAUUUUUUAGCUGUGUUUUGGCUCUUGUUGAAGUCUAAUGUGCAGCUAGAAAGUAUUUUUUAAUAAGCUUUUAUACCUUUGACUGUCUCCUGCAGAUAUAAAUGAUUGUGAUAACAGCACUUGUUUGAACAACGGAACUUGCAUCGACCUAAUCAAUGGCUUCAACUGCAGCUGCCCUUCAGGAUUUGACGGCAACCGAUGCGAAAUUGGUAAUAUACUUUUUUGCUAUUAUUUACCGGCAUUGCAUUACCGCCAAAAUGCAAAAUACUUAAACACCUAAUGUUGCCGGACGGUUAUGAAUGCUGACGGGUGAUAGCAUGUAUAUGAUAUGGACUAAUUUUAACUCUUACACGGAUCGUACACCAUCCGACAUGUUAAUGAUAUUGUCACUUGACCAACAUGCUGCGUACGUUACCAUGGGGCGACCCCUGAGAUUCAUAAGUUUUGCAUUUGUAUUGGUCUCCGAAAAAGGGGAUUCAACUACAGCUGCCUGCCAGGAUUUCAGGCACUCGAUGUGAAAUUGGUUAGCUCCGCUUUAAAUUACCCCAAGUUUGUGUUAAAAUCCUAGAAACACAGUAGAUAUACUAAAAAUCGUCAAACGACAACAAAAAUGACGUAAACAGAAAAUUAUAUCAGGAGGAAGGAGAGAGAUUUUAGAUAAAGGAAAAUCUAAUCGAAGCGUCAAUAAUUCGUUUUACUACCUUCCACAGAAAGGAUGAAGAAUAAAUAAAAAGGAAUGAUAUUAUACAGGAUCCAUGACCAUAGGCUCCUGUAUGAUAUGAUAUUAUAAUGGACUCGUUGUUUUUUUUUAAACGGGACAACAAAAACAGGAACGAAGGUUAAGAAAGGCGGAAGAACUAAACCGGACACGUAAGAAUGCGAAUGAAGGAAAUUGGGCCCUAGGUAAAAUUUGAAAAUAAAAAAAAAAUUGAAAUACCCAAGGAAGAGUUUUAGGAACAUAUGAGAUUGCUUUAUUAAAUGGUCGGUUCACAGCGUUGCCAUGGUAUCCCCGAUUUUGUCUACCUACAUGCUACGAUUAUAGAAACUUGAAUGAGAACUUUUUAUGUAUAUUGCUUGAUUCAAAAGGUUGAGUUUGAUCGUCCGGGUGAACGUAGUCCUGAAUAGGACUGUUGUUGUUGACAGUGACUGACGUUUCGACAACCUGUGAGGUAGUUAUCUUCAGAGUCAAAGUGAGUUGUGUCACGUCAGUUGAUGGUAUUAUACUCUGGUUAUUGAUCUGAUUGGUCAAUUAUGUCGCGAUGUUAUUGGUCGUCUGUCAGUUAAGCCGUGAUGUUAUUGGUUAUGAAGACUCUUAAUCAGUGAUUUACUGAUUGCUGAAAAGUUAAAACUACUUUUACCUUUGUUUAGGUUCUCUCAGCUCAUCCAGUAUCCUUGGCAGCCAUGGCAGCAAGUACUCUGACCAGUUGAAAUCAUUUUUAGACCCAGUCCUUCAGAAUCCAGGUCGCAGCAGGUUUGUGAGGUGUUGGCACGCUAAGACAGAUGGUUGGGCGGCAUCAACAUUCCACAGCAACUGUGAUGGAAAGGGUCCCACUGUAACCAUCGUCCAAGUUGGUAGUUACGUAUUUGGUGGAUACACUGACAAGUCUUGGGGUGGUGAGUAUCUGAUUUCAUAA